AUUCUUUUUCGAACUCCAAUGAGAACUACGAACGUAAGCAGCUUCUAUGGUCUUAGCAAACAAGUUGUCUAUUCAAUGUUCUCAAAAUCUCUGUCUUCCAGUAAAACUAGAAGAGAAGUACACAAACUCCACUCACUGAUCAUCACUUUAGGAUUACACCAUUCUGUGUUGUUCUCUGGCAAACUCAUAAGCAAGUAUGCCCAACUCAGAGACCCCAUUACUUCCCUCUCAGUUUUCCACCAAGUUUGGCCCAAACACAAUCCCUAUCUAUGGAACUCAGUCAUCAGAGCACUUAUCCAUAAUGGGCUUCACUCAAAAGCUCUUGACCAUUACAAUGAAAUGCAUGGAAUGAAUGUUCAGCCUGAUAGGUAUACCUUUCCUUCAGUGAUCAAUGCCUGUGCUGGGUUGUGUGAUCUGGAAAUGGGUAUGGUUGUGCAUCACCGUAUUUUGGAGAAGGGUUUCGGCUCAGACUUGUAUAUAUGUAAUGCAUUGAUGGAUAUGUAUGCUAGAUUUGGUGAACUUGGUAAUGCCCGCCAUGUGUUCGAUGAAAUGCCUCAAAGGGAUAUUGUGUCGUGGAAUAGUCUGAUUUCGGGGUACAGUUCAAAUGGAUAUUGGGAGGAAGCUUUGGAAAUGUUUAGGGGAUUAAGAAUUGAUGGGUUAUUACCGGAUUGUUUUUCGAUAUCUAGUGUUCUGCCUGCGUGUGGAGGCUUGGUUGAUGUUAAAGAGGGUCAGUUAGUUCAUGCUAUGGUUGAAAAUAUUGGAGUGCAUGCAGAUGUUUUAGUAAGUAAUGGGCUUCUUUCAAUGUACUUCAAAUUUGGUUGGUCUGAAGAUGCUCAAGUUUUUUUUGAUGAGAUGGUAGUUAGGGACUCUGUUAGUUGGAACACUGUGAUUUGUGGGUACUCGCAGUUGGGGUUAUUUGAAGAGGCAAUCAAUUUGUUCAGGGAAAUGAUAAAGGAAUUCACACCUGAUUUGCUAACAAUCACAUCCGUGCUCCGUGCUUGUUCACAUUUACGGGACUUGGAACUUGCAAAAUAUGUUCAUGGCUACAUGAAAAGAAGUGGUUUUGAAUUUGAUACAAUGGCGAACAAUGUACUUAUUGAUACAUAUGCAAAAUGUGGAAGUCUAUUAGCUUCACGGGAAGUAUUUGACUAUAUGGAAUGCAGAGAUUCUGUGUCAUGGAAUUCUAUGAUCAAUGGUUACUUUCUUAAUGGUUGUUUUGAUGAAGGGUUAGAUCUUUUUAAGAUGAUGCGGAGUAAUAUGAAACCUGAUUCUGUGAGUUGUGUGACGAUCCUGUCUGUCUAUACUCAACUCAGACAUGUGGACCAGGGGAAAAUGAUCCACUGUGAUAUAGUGAAACUGGGAUUUGAUUCAGAUGUUAUUGUCAACAAUGUUCUUGUCGAUUUUUAUGCUAAAUGUGGCAAAAUACAAGAUGCACUAAAAGUAUUUGACAGCAUGACAGCACGUGAUGUUGUAACAUGGAAUAGCAUAAUUUCUGCAUGCACUCAUAAUGAAGACUGUAGUUUAGGUUUUAGAAUGAUUCUUAGAAUGAGAAAUGAGGGAGUGAUGCCUGACGCAGCAACAAUGUUAGGCAUCUUACCAGCGUGUUCCUUACUUGCUGCCAAGCAAAAAGGACAAGAGAUCCAUGGCUGCAUUUUCAGGUUAGGAUUUCAUUCAGAUGUUCCGGUUGGGAAUGCACUAAUCGAAAUGUACUCUAGUUGUGGUAGCUUGGAAAGCUCCAUACGAAUAUUUGAGCAAAUGUACAUAAAGGAUGUGGUGACAUGGACUUCGUUGAUCUCUGCAUAUGGGACAUAUGGUGAAGGUGAGAAAGCAUUGAGAGCUUUUGAAGAAAUGGAAGCAACUGGUGUUCUUCCUGAUCAUCUAGCUUUUCUAGCCGUCAUAUAUGCUUGUAGCCAUUCAGGUUUGGUAGAAGACGGUCUGGCUUACUUUGACCGAAUGAAGAAACACUACAAAGUUGAGCCUAGGAUGGAGCACUAUGCUUGUGUAGUUGACCUUCUAUCCCGCUCUGGGCUAUUAGCUCAAGCUGAGGACUUUAUCCAUACAAUGCCGAUGAAGGCUGAUGCAAGUAUAUGGGGUUCUUUACUUAGUGCUUGCCGAGAAAAUGGAGAAGAAAAGAUAGCUGCACAUGUCUCAGAGCAGAUUGUUCAAUUGAAUUCUUAUGACACGGGGUAUCAUGUUUUGGUGUCGAAUGUAUAUGCAGCUUUAGGGAAGUGGGAUAAAGUGAGAAUGAUGAGGAAACACAUGAAAGCUAAAGGACUCACAAAAGAUCCUGGAUUUAGCUGGAUGGAGAUUCAAAAGAAGGGCUGAGGUUGUCUUUUGUAGUUGUAGGUUUGCUGGGCAAGCAAGGGUUUGAUGAUUUGUGAUUCAUCUCACUUCUGAGAAGGAUGAGAAGAAAGACAUUAUAAGAGAGGGAUAGGCUGGCCAUAUCAGGUCCAAUGUUUCAAGGAGAUUUACCAGACUGAUUUGAGGUUAGAGCUUUUAGUGUGCUUGAAGAGCGAAAAAUUAUUCACUCCUACCUUUCCUUUGAAAUACGUAGAAGAGAGAGAAAAAAUUAAAGAACCUCAAAUUCCUAAAUCCUACCCAGUGAAUGAUUCUUUAAUAUUGCUUGUCUAAACUCUAGUAAAGUCGGCAUCUUAGCUUUGUUUCCAGAAAUUACGAUGGUAAGUUAAUAGUUUUGAUAUUCUUUAAGAAGCUGCAUAAUUCUGGCUUUAGUACUUUUUGACCGGUGGUUUCCAUCAAUCGACAAAAUUUUGCCAAAUCACUCAUUUACUUCUCAUGUAGUUAUCUGAUUGCAUGAUUUAUGUGUUGCUGCAGAUAGGGCUAGGUUCUGAAAGGUUGAGAUCUGGGCCUGUAAUUGAUGUACCAGCGCCAGUACUCUUGUGGCUUAGGUCUGAUAUGAUUGGGAACAGUUUUGUGUGUACUUCUAAAAGAGCAGGACCUGUCAUUUUUUUAACGUGCUUUAAAUUUCAAUUGUUGGAUGUUGAAACCGAAUAAGACAUCUGCCAAUGACAGGAAGAGGAAGUUAUCAAUGACAGUUAUAUGCAGCUGUGUGAUUUGGAACGGUAUUGAAAACAGAUGAACUGGAAGCCAAGUUUGCGGCCUAUGGAAAAGCAAUAUGUGUCCGCCGUGUGAUAAUGGUAUCCCACGAAAUGGAUGCUGCAGAGGAGUAACAUGAAGAGGAUUUUGGCUAUAUGCAUUAAGCUUAUUAGGUUUUCGUGAGUUACUAUUCAUUAGGACGUUGUCUAUGGUUAUUCACAUGGAUGCUCUUAAUUAGUUGCAGAAUUGUAUUUCUAGUUGAAGACUUGUGAAACUGCUCAACUUCUUCAUAUUAGAUGGAGUUGAAAAAAUGUUGAUGGUGUGGCUCUAUUUAUCUCUACAUUAACCAUAAUAAAUUUGUUA